GGCUACACCAUACGUGACGAUUUACGGAAGUAGUUCAGCUUUCAACUGUGAGCAUUCGAGAAAUCCAAAACAUGGAACAAAAUAAUGACGGGAGUUUGGCCCAGGUCCGGCAUGUUGUGUUGGUGCUGUCAGGGAAGGGAGGUGUGGGCAAGAGCACCAUCACCACGGAGCUAGCUCUGGCUCUCAGGCAUGCUGGCAAGAAGGUUGGCAUCCUGGAUGUUGACCUAUGUGGGCCCAGUAUCCCCCGCAUGCUGAAUGUGGGUCACACUGAUGUGCACCAGUGUGAUGCAGGAUGGGUGCCUGUCUACACUGAUGCUGAAAAGAGCCUCGCCCUCAUGUCCAUUGGCUUCUUGCUUGAGGACCCAGAUGAAGCAGUGGUGUGGAGGGGACCCAAGAAAACAGCUAUGAUUGGCCAGUUUGUGUCAGAUGUAGCAUGGGGAGAGCUGGACGUGUUGCUAGUGGACACACCGCCAGGGACGUCUGACGAACAUAUAGCAGUACUGGAGAACCUGAAAAAACACAGAGUGGAUGGAGCCAUUUUGGUCACCACACCUCAGGCAGUGUCCACGGGGGAUGUGAGGAGGGAGGUCACCUUCUGUAAGAAGACAGGUGUACGGAUCCUGGGCAUCGUCGAGAACAUGAGCGGCUUUGUUUGUCCGUACUGCUCGGAGUGCAGCAAUAUAUUCUCAAAAGGAGGUGGCGAAGAGUUAGCCAAGCUGACAGGAUCAACAUUCCUAGGUUCAGUGCCCUUGGAUCCUGCGCUCAGCACCAGUAUAGAGGAAGGCAAGGACUUCAUACAGUCGUUUCCAGACAGCGCCACCUUCAGUGCCAUCAGCAGCAUUUGUCAGACUCUGCUCGACAGCCUCCAAACUGCUUGAGUAACAUUUUAGCACACAGUUCUUGAGGCGUUGACCACAGAGCGAAGAUUACCAGCUCUUGCCGCAGUUGCACAGGAAGUGGUGAACACUGUAGGACAGCAACUCAGCUAAUCUGCUUUACAGCAAAAUGUAGAGACGUCGUUUUGUCAUAAAAAUGCCACGUCAUGCUGCCUGAGUAGGAUUUACAGUGUCACAGCAAAAUGUACAGCACCGUGUUUGGAAGCCAGUCAAAAAUCUAAGUUGGAAUCUUCUUUAAUUCGAUUGUGACACACAUGUCGACACAUCAGGAUAACUUCAAUAUCAGUGGUAAUACAGGAUUGUAGAUUGGCGCUUUAGUAAAUGCGUCAGCAGCAGUUCCACUUUCAGAAAACAAACUCCAGAUCAAAUUGGACCAGUCCUUGCAUGGCGGAAAAACUAGGCCAAACUUGAGCGCUAAUCUCACUGGAUUCCUGCCGCGUGCUACAAACGAUACCAACGAGUCUCCUUGUGUCAUUUUGAUUUGUGUUUUUUAAGAGGACGUUUAACUCUUCUUGAUCUGGAUUAAAUCUUCUGAAACUAGCCUGCUCCUCGGCUUCAUAUCCAACAGCAACAAAACACUGAAACCCAUGCAGGAUCGUAAUGGCUGGAAUGUGGAAGAGAUGAAGU